AGAGAAUCCGUUGUGUUUGUUCACUUCACAGCCGAAAGGUUGAAGAACUUCUGUUCUUUGUUUCUGGAACAGACGACGUUCAGGGAGAAGAGACGCUUGCUUCAGUUGUUAGGGGCGUGUCCUACAUGCGAGGGGUGUAUCCCACAGACAUCUUUGUAAACGAAGCGUCUGGAGCCAACAAAUAAAGGAAUAAAGACUUCACUGGAGGUUCUGAGGCCACGGGACGCUUCAGGAACUGAUCAGCAGAAACACUGAGCAUGUAAAGAGACUCCGGUCGGAGCCCUGGACCUAUCAGAAGGACUUCUUAUUCCUGCACUAUAUAAAUAUAAAUAUGAAGAUAUAUAAAUAUAUAUAAAUAAAUAUAUAUAUUCAAGCACUUUCAAAGAUUAUUUAAAGUCUAUUUCAGGGAUUUAUGAAAUGAAACAAUGUUCUGUCGUUCAUCUUCUCAACCCAAACACAUCUGCCCAGUGACUCCUGAACAUUAAACACUUAUACAACGUUUAGUACCACACAUUUGUAAUUAAACACCGUGGUAACUGAUGUGUGUGUUCUUCUGACACUGAGACUUUACUUGUUGGUGGUAAUAAUGAUAUUGUUGUUUUCCUCUUCCUCCUCUCAUCGUCAUGGUGACUCAUCAUCAAUCAUUCAGUUCAGGAGCUUUUUACUGACUUCUCCUCGCUCUGUGAAAAGCUUUUCACGUGAAGGCUUCUCCCCCACAUGGAAGUGAGAUGUUUGUUCUGGUGUGACCUCUGACCUCUGCCCUCCUUCACCUCCUCAUCCCCUCAUUCUGACCUUUCGUGUUUCAUAUUUAACACACCGCCUCCUCUUUGUGUCCUUGUGAAGGUUCUGCAGCGAGUUGGCAACAUCGUCCUCAGACAGGAAGACACGUCAGACCUGUCUCUCUCUCUCUCCAUUAAUCUCUCUCUCUCUCUCUCCUUUACUCUCUCUCUCUCUUUGUCUCCGCUGCAGAACAAAUCCUGACCUUCCCCUCAAAGCUCUAUCGGCCUGCUCGCUCCACACAACCUUUCUACAAUCAGCCACACACACACACACACACACACACACACACACACACACACACACCUCAACUGGAGCUCCUGCAGAACCGGAGGAGGAGGCAAGAGGGAGGAAGAAUUUGGCCUCAAGUCUCGCAGCUGCCUUCAAACUGCUGGGAUGAGGUGGUGGUGGCUGAUGGCGGCCUCUCUGUGGCUGCUGCUGGUCGUGACCGCCUCCAACGGCCAGACCGGGAGCCGACCUCACAACCAGGAGAGAGACCUCCGCCGGGCGAAGAGGAAGAGGGACGGGCAAGGUCCUUUGCGGGCCAGAGCGGGGCGCUCUAAGCCUCUAGAGAUCAGACUGGUUCCUGGUCCCGGGGAACCCAAGGAGCCUGGAGACCACCAAGGAAACCCUCUGGUCAUGAAGUCCUACAAGAACCUUCAAGAACAGCACUCCACCUACAACGUUCUCCCAGGUAAGCAGGGCCAGUGUGUGUUCCGGGGUCUGACCAUGUUCCACCAGGCCGUCUGGUCCCCGGAGCCCUGUGUGACGUGUCUGUGCAGCGGCGGGCGGGCGGCGUGUGACGAGGUCGCCUGUCCCACAAUGCACUGCCACCUCCCCGUCACGCCGGCCGGGGAGUGCUGCUCCAUCUGCAUGGAGUCAGUUCCCAACGACCGCGGUGAGGCAAAGACCCCGCUGACUCAGGAGGAGAUCCAGCGUAUCUUCUGGCGGGAGGAAGAGGAGCACCGCCUGCAGGAGGACCGCCUGAGGAAGAAGGAUGAGGCGAGGAAGAUGAGGAGGAAGCAGAGGAAGGAUCAGGCGGAGAAACAAAGGAAGAUAGUGGAGGGGAAGAGGAGGGAUGAGGAGAAGGCGCUGAGGCUGCAGGUGGAGAAGGAGGAGGAGGAGUGGAGGAGGCAUGUGGAGGGGGAGGAGAAGAGGAGGGAGGAGAAGAGGAGGAGACAGGAUGAAGAUCACAAGAGGCAGAAGGAGGCUGCAGAGAGAGACGCCUGGGAGAAGGAAAGGAAGCUAGAGGAGGAAAGGUGGAGACAGGAGGAGAUGCUGAGGGAGCAACUCCUGGCUCUGGUGGAGGAGGAAGAAGAGCAGGAGCAGAAAAAGGUAGAGGAGGAGGUGUGGCUGAGAGGAGAUGUGUUUGAGAUGCUCCCAAAAGAACCCGAAGAACCCGACCUCCUCCCUGCCCCGAUACCACAACCUCCUGCUGCGCCAGAGGAGGAACAGGAGGACAUGGGAGCAGACGUGGAGGAGGCGGAGGAGGAGAGGGAGGAGGUGCUAGUGAACAGAGGAGGCCUCCCUCCAGGCUGCGACAUCUCGGAUGUCACUCUGACGUGCGACAACGCCAAACUCACGUACUUUCCCCCCCUGUCCAUCCCUGAGCUCAAGUCUCUCAGUCUGGAGGGCAACAGCAUCAGCAGCAUCCCGGCCGAAGCCUUCAACGGCAUCCCCAACCUGGAGUGGGUCAACCUCAAGAAAAACAAACUCUCCUCUGACAGCAUCGACCGCAAAGCCUUCAAAGGUCUGAAGAUGCUGAGGCGCCUGUACUUGGACGGGAACCUUCUGGAAGCCGUGCCCGCUGGCCUUCCCCCGACGCUGCAGGAGCUGAAGGUCAGCGAGAACCAACUGAGGCGACUGGAUGAAAACAGCUUCCGAGGUCUGAGCAGCCUGGUGAUCCUGGAGCUGGAGGGCAACUUGCUGAGCGAGGGCUCCGUGGAUCCUCUGGCCUUCGCCCCCCUCGUCCAGCUCUCCUACCUCCGGAUGGGCAGGAACCACUUCCGCACCAUACCACAAGGCCUUCCCAGUUCCUUGCUGGAGUUGUACUUGGAGAACAACCUGAUUGAGGAGAUCUCAGAGACCGUCUUCAAUCAGACCCACAGCCUGAACGUGGUUUCCUUGAGAAACAACCGGCUGGACGAGUCCCGGAUCGCCCCGCUGGCCUGGAUCAACCACAGGAACCUGGAGUCCAUCGACCUUUCAAACAACGACCUUCACCUGGUUCCGUCGUACCUGCCCAGGUCUCUGGUCCACCUGGUGCUGGUGGGAAACAACAUAGAGAGAAUACCUGGUUUCGUCUUCGCCCACAUGGAGCCGGGCAUCGAGUACCUCUACCUCUCCUACAACAGACUGGACGGGGAGGCGAUCGAGCCCGAGUCGUUCUUCGGCUCGUACCAGUCCAUGGUGGAGCUGUGCCUGGACCACAACCAGCUGCUGUCGGUCCCGUCCGGCAUCAACGAGAUGACCAACCUGCACUUCCUCAGACUCAACGACAACAACAUCAGGAGCGUCCGUGACGAGAGCGUCUGCGACCCCAACCGCAAAGGAGACUCCACCCUGGUGGCCGUGAGGAUGGAGAACAACUACAUGGACCCCCAGAAGAUCUCCCCCACAGCCUUCUCCUGCGUACGCUCCUCCUCCAGCGUGGUCCUGAAGCCACAGAAAACUGCAAAGUAACAUUUAAAACCAGCAGUCAAAGCAUCAGACUCAUGUCCCCUCUCGAGAUCCUCUGAUGCUGUAAUUGAAGAGACCCACAAUAAUAAGAACUCGCUUAGAAGAGAAGAAACUUAAACAUGCGGAAAAAUAAAUGUAACUGUGGAAACUCAGCCGCCUUAUUGUGAAGCUUUGUUCCAGACCGAACAGAGGUUCUUCCUCAGUCUGUUUCCCGGAGAUCACAGAACUCCUUCAGACCUCACAAUGAAACACAUCUGUCUGCUUUAGUUAAAAUGUAAAGCCCUUCUUCUAAAUGGAAAGAACUCCUGCUCCCUACACAGUAAAAGGGAAACGCUCACAAAGAAAUGGAAGGAAUUCGAUGAAACGACGUAAUGUUUUAACAACCUCCACGCUCCGCUUCUCUGACGUCUCUUUCCGAUGUCUUCUUUCAUGAAGUCGGACAUGGAAAGAAGCGUGAGACUCGUCCUCGGAGCUCUUCAGCUCAUCCCUCUUGACAGAUAUACAGAAUAUAAAAUGACGGGAGCCGACAGAAACUUCCUCUGGUGCAGUUUAACCGGACUGCUUGAGGAACGGUGAUCUACAGGUCAGACUCCUCCCGCCGGAGGCCCCUCAACACACACAUCAGGACACACAGAUUAAUAACUGCCGCCUUGUUUAAAUAUUGAAUAGGAGACUUUUUAAAUACAGUUGUUGCAGGUUUGCUUGAGACUUUCAUGGAGAUAUGUAAAGUUAUUGGCUACAGAUGUGUUUUUCCCAACAGUAAAUUCAAAAUCUGUAUUUGUUUUAACGAUACUUUGCUUUUGGCUGGCCAACGUGCAGAAAUGAUAUGACAACAUGUGUAUUUAAUGUGUCAACAAUCAUAUUCUACAGGUCAACAUGUUACGAUGGAACAAUUCAAAUAAACUUCACAAUGUUCACAUCACUGGCUGAUUGAUGAGAUCCCAGCUACAUUCACUUAAUUAAACUAGAAUGGGCACUCGGUAGAGCGCAUACCUUCGCAUAUCACAAGAUUGGGCAUUGAAUUAUGAACAUGUUGGCAUUUUUUGCAUGCCAAUUGGUAAAAAGAAGAUGUUGACCUUUUCAUGACCUUGACCAUGACCUUUGACUGGAUCGAUCCCAAAAUCUAAUCAAAUGGUCCCCGGAUAAUAAUCAAUCAUCCCACCAAAUUUCAUGCGAUUCGGUUCAAUACUUUUUUACUUAUGCGAAUAACACGCAUACAAAGAAAUAAAUAAAUAAAUACACGGCGAUCAAAACAUAACCUUCCGCAUUUUCAAUGCGAAGGUAAUGAAGACAACGUGGUUAUAAUAACCGCUCUGGUAGCCGUGAGGGGUCGCAAAGGUCCCUGGGACAUAAAUUAAAUGAAAGCUCAUAACCAAUAACUGACUUUUAAAGGCUGAAUAUUGAUAUUUGAAAAAAAGAAAAGAACGAUAUAAAGCCAAUAUACAUUUUAUUAAUGAAUAUGACCAAGAUAUGUAGUGAGCCGGACAUUGUAUAGCGCUCUCUGGUGGAAAAUCGGACUAAGUAAAUAUGAUGUGCUCCGUAGAGCUGGGGACCGGCCGGUUUUCAUCCUCACGUUGCACAAAGCAAAAUUAAUUAUUUGACCCCUAAACACGACCUCUUCCAAGCUGCAUGUGAAUAUCUGAGAAUAGUAACGGGUUGGGGGAGCGUAGGAACGACCCCCAAAGGAAACAGUUUCUAAAUGAACUCAGACAUAUCUAUAUUCAUAUCUUACAUACUUUAUAUUCCUACAAAGGUAUUUUUGGACAAUUUACCAGAUGUACAGUGACGUAGUGCUGCUCUCGUCUGCACCUGAAGUGUUGGAGCAAGGCCACGGUUCCUCUGGUUGUCGAGGUCAACAUGUUGACGACUGUGUGAGGAACACCUGACAUGUAUAUCUGGGCAGGGUAGGAAAAUUACAUAUUUUUUAGGGGGCAAUUUUUUCCCCCACUGACUGAACUCCAGGGGCAUUUAAAAAGAAAUUGGGGGCACUUUUUGAAACUGUUUUUAUGGUAAUGUUCUGUUUUAAUGUUGUUUCUAUCUUUCAUGCUUUUAUCUUUUAUUCUGUAUUAUUUUAUUGUACAGUGACCUUCGGUGACUUGAAAGGCGCCUCCAAAUGAAAUGUAUUAUUAUUAUUACUUUUUUAAAAUUGUGAAAUAAGAUUUUACCGUUGUUCAAAAUAAUAAAUAUACUUAUUUAGGCUGACAGUAUAUGUGCAAUUAUCAUCAAUAAUAAGACAAUUAGGGAAUAGUCUAAUAGAUUCUGGAUCGGGUCAUAUAGGCCACGAUGUUUUUGACAAGUUCAUUAAAUUAUCAUAAUUAUUAGGGGAAAUUAUGGGGGCAUUUUUUCCCCUCUCCUAUCUUACGGGCAGUUUUGCCCUUGUGUAUUUACGAUGCCGUUUCAGGGUAUAUCUGGUGGUUCAGUAUCGGUUGCUUGGACAUUAUAAUAAUGUUUGUAUGUGUGUUACGUUGUUUGUUGCAUAUGCGAAUUGUGAUUCAUAAAAAAGUAAACAGAGAGAGAGAGAGA